AUGAAACCGUAUUACUACAUGAAGCGAGGCAGGAAGAGGAGAGAAAAACCUGAAUCACCUCCAGAACAGCCUCCACCCCGGACAAAAAAGCCAAAACCACCCGAAAAGGUGGUUAUAAGCAAUGAGCUGCAAGCAAUAAAAAUCCAGGCCUGGUGGCGGGGCACCCUGGUACGCAGGACGCUACUGCAUGCGGCUCUCAGAGCAUGUGUUAUUCAGUACUGGUGGAAACAGAAGCUGGCAGAGCUGCUGGAGAAGAAACGACGGGCUAUGCUGCAGUAUUAUGCUCGGGAAAAAUGGGCAGUGGUCAGGCUACAGUCCUGGGUUCGCAUGUGGCGCGUCCGGGUUCGUUACUGCCGUUUGCUCCACGCUGUCCGCAUCAUCCAAGUCUACUGGCGCUGGCAUAAUUGCCAUACCCGUGGCAUUUUUAGGGGCAGCUAUGAACUCACAGCAAGCCAGCUGGGACUUGAGCUUGAGAUCUUUCUGGGAUCACACAUCUGUCGGAUUACGGACUGCAUCCCCUUCCCAAUAAAGAACUGA